AUGGUUAAGACCUACUUUUCCCUGAUCACCAUCAUUUGGUUUGCCCUGCUCUCCAUCGUACCACAAUGCGACGCCCAACUCCGUGCCCUGGUCCAGCCCACUUAUGAAUGUGCCACUGGCAGUUGCAAUCCACCAUGCCCUGAAGGCGAGAA